AAUGGCUUUGAGGUUUUGUGGUCUGAUGACACCCUGAAGAACACAGAACCCUUGAGCUUCCUUUUGCACAGUGGUCAGUUUACAGACUUUGUGAACAAGGAGGGUGGAUGUGCCAAGACAGCCCUGCUGCUGGAGAGCCUCUCUGGAAUUUAGACCGGUAACCCGACUCAGCAACUCAUACUGGAAAUCUGGCUUUUAAGGUGGUAAUGACUGACUCUCGACUAUGAGUCUGAGCAUGGACAAAGGAAUAUGAGACACUGAUUUCUAUAAUUGGGAGAGGGACUCACAACUUGGAACCCCAGAUAGCUGUAAUCAGAGCAAACAUGCUCAGUAUUGGUGAGAAAGAAGAACCCCAGAAGCACCUGAAGAUGGAACAACUGUGGUUGGAGGGCUAUAGACUGAGGAGGAAUGUCACACAUACACAGCUGUGUCAUUGAAAAGUCAACAGCAUGGAUGGACAAUGACUCACAAAAGCUGCUGCCCUAGAGUGCCCUCCAGGACUUGCAGGCCACCCAAGGAGUGGAGAACCUCAGCUCAUCUUUAUUCCCCAUAUAACUUUGGGAGGAAACCUGGUAAGCUUGAAUCAGUCUUACUACGCUAACGGUGUAAGGAAGUGGUGAGCAGAAGUGUUGGUGGCAUUUUCGUGCUUGACUCAAAGGAAAACAGGACUGCUUUUACUCAGGAGAACUGCUCUUUUACAGAGAAAAAGGAAAGGUGAAUAGAGGGACUACCCAGUAGAACCCAGCCAACUUCAGAGCUUCCAGGGAGAUACUGGUAAUGUUUGAAGAAUGGAUGGAUAUAAUACCUCUGAGAAUUCCUCUUGUGACCCUAUACUGGCACACCACUUAACAUCGAUUUACUUCAUAGUGCUCAUUGGAGGACUGGUAGGCCUCAUCUCCAUCCUGUUCUUGCUGGUGAAAAUGAACUCACGUUCAGUGACCACCAUGGCUGUCAUCAACCUCGUGGUGGUUCAUGGGGUCUUCCUACUGACGGUGCCUUUCCGCUUGGCAUACCUCAUCAAAGGGACUUGGACGUUUGGAUUACCCUUCUGCAAAUUUGUGAGUGCCAUGUUACAUAUCCACAUGUACCUCACGUUCCUCUUCUACGUGGUGAUACUAGUCAUCAGAUACCUCAUCUUCUUCAAGCGUAGAGACAAAGUAGAAUUCUAUAGAAAAUUGCAUGCAGUUGCUGCAAGUUCUGCCAUGUGGCUUCUGGUGAUUGUUAUUGUUGUGCCCUUGGUGGUUUCUCAGUAUGGAAAUAGCGAAGAAUACAAUGAGCAACAGUGCUUUAGAUUCCAUAAAGAACUUGGCCAUGAUUCUGUGCGAGUUAUCAACUAUAUGAUAGUCAUUGUUGUCAUAGCUGUUGCGUUGAUUCUCUUGGGUUUCCAGGUCUUCAUCACAUUGUCCAUGGUGCGGAAGUUUCGCCACUCCUUACUAUCCCACCAGGAGUUCUGGGCACAACUGAAAAAUCUUUUCUUUAUAGGUAUCAUUAUUAUUUGUUUUCUUCCCUACCAGUUCUUCAGGAUUUAUUACUUGUAUGUUGUGGCACAUUCCAAGAGCUGUAAAAACAAAGUUGCAUUUUACAAUGAAAUCCUAUUGAGCACAACAGCCAUCAGCUGCUGUGAUUUGCUGCUUUUUGUCUUUGGAGGAAGCCAUUGGGUUAAGCAAAAGAUUGUCGACAUGUGGAAUUGCCUCUUAUGCCAUUAGCCAAGAUUACCAUAUUCUUUUCUUCCUGUUGGGAAUUGGAAUCAGCAAGGAGCUAAGAAUGAUUUUUCAUUGCUUCAUUGAAACCUGGCCUUGGCCCAACCAAACAAAAGGAAUAAAGAGUGUCCAAGUGCUCUACUCACGCCUGAUAAAAUACCUGUUGUGUGGGAAGGUGUCCAUGCAAAGAUGAGUUGUAGUGAACCUAUACGGAAUUGCUGUAUUGCAUUAUUUUUCAACAUACAGUGUCUACUUGGUUAUCUGGAAAACAUGUGUCUACUGGGUGCUGGAGUUUUGUUAGGGCAUGGUGACUUCCUGGGUUUCCCUCCUAGGCUUUGAGUUGCAGUUAGCUGAAGAGUUAGUUCCACUCCACCCCACCUUCUGAAGGAUCAUACUGGUUAUCACAUGGCUCCAAACAGAAAAUCUCUGCUUUGUUUAUCAGACUAGUUGGCAUAGUCAACACACCUGAGAAGAAACCGGGAAAGUUGGAGGAACAAGAAACUUCUGUAUCAUUCUAAAUUUGGAGGAAACACCAGGACUUCUGCUCUAACAAGCUUUUCUAGCCUUGUUCUUUUAAAGGUUGUGUUUAAGGGCUUGAGGAUUGGCAGCACACUGUAAUCCAUCACCCUCUUUCUCCAAAAAUUAAAUUAAUUGUAACCUUCCUAAGAUACCCAAGUAAUGGAGAAGGCCUAAUGAGCAUGCCCAAGGCUUGUGUGAUACAAUACAGGACAACUAUGUUUUUUUGUUUUGUUUUGUUUUGUUUUCCUUCUCUGUGUUUAAAAGGGAAUUCUGCAUGUCUAGGGCCACAGUUAAUGUAUUCUUACCCAUUUGAAGAGAGGAAGACACACUGGAGUCUUUAAGUUUUACUCCAUUUCUAAAGUCAUGCAUUUGAACAGAAAAAAAUUUGAAAAAGAUACGGGAUCACCCUUAAUUUAGAAUAUAUAAGACUUAGGUUGCAUUAAGAGAGUUUUAGAAAACAUUUGAAAAUGAAUGAAUAUGCAGAAAAGUAAUACCAUUCCAUCCUUAAAAAUAUUAAACCAUAUAGAUAUAUAACCUUGCCAAAAUCUUAGUAAUAUUUUGCAAUUUGGUUCAUAAUUUGUGACAUGUGGCAUAUUAAAUUGCAUUAAACUUUUAUUUCAAGAAUGAUUGAUGAUUAAGUUCAUACACAGGUUUGUGGUUUGUACUAAAUUACGGGUUUUUUCUUUAUUAUUCAUACUUGUGUCUCCCUCACUUUCAUGAUCUUGAAACUUUUCAGGGAACUGAGCCAUGUCCAGACUUAAGGCUUCAGAAAAGUUGAAGUCAAGAGUGGUAUGAGUAGAAGAACAGAUAGGUCAAGAGAGCUCUUAUUUCAGGAAGGGAUAUGCUUACAUCUUAAAGACUUUUCAUCAGUUACUGAUGAUCCAUGGAUUUCAACUUCAUGUGAGGGACAAGAAGUAGUCCAUGGGAUUCUACUUUCAGUGAUAUUACCAAGGCAUAACAACUCAUCCUAAGGGAAUGUGUACCAACACACUGCAUACAUGACCAUUUCCAACUUGUCCUCUUUAAAUUCUCACAUCUCUUAAAAAAAAAAGCAUUUCUUUCAUUUUUGCUAGUUUCCCUUUUGUACUUUUGUUCUAAUUUUUUCCACACUUUGUUUCAUAAAGUUUGCAAGAGCAUCACCAAGUCCCAUAAACAAUAUAAGAAGAUUUGUAACAUCUACAAAAUGAAUAUGAAAAGAAAGAAUGAAAUAUUUAAAAUGUUUUAGUUAUAAGGGUUUUCUGAGGGGUUUCUUCUCAUGGCAACUGUAACUGUGGGCUGUGUAUCCUACUUUUAUGGACUGGAUUAUAUCUUUCGGAUUUUAUAUAUGCUUAUGCAAAGUAGUUAUCUAUUUCUCAAUGUUAUUAUAAAUGGCCCAUCUAUUUCUAUGGGCCUACAUAUAUAGAAAACUGUUAUCUAUAACAUAGACAUGCAAAAUUCUGCAAUUUAUAAUGCAUUAUUGAUCAGGUUUUACAGAAUAAAUGAAAAGUCUUCAA